UGAGUCAGAACUGGGGACCAUGCCGUCCCAGGCUCAGGGAUAAAAACCAUCGGGCCCAAGUGCCAUCAUAUUCCAUCUUCAGUCUUUCCUCCACAAAUUGAGACUCAUCCCUGCUGAAAAGCACAGUCAGAGAGCAAGGAGACCAAAAAAGCCAUGCUAUCACAUAGUACCAUGGUGAAGCAGAGGAAGCAGCAAGCAUCAGCCAUCAUGAAGGAAAUCCAUGGAAAUGAUGUAGAUGGCAUGGACCUGGGCAAAAAGAUCAGCAUCCCCAGAGACAUCAUGUUGGAAGAACUAUCCCAUCUCAGUAACCGUGGUGCCAGACUCUUUAAGAUGCGGCAGAGGAGAUCUGACAAGUACACAUUUGAAAAUUUCCAGUAUGAAUCUAAAACACAAAUUAAUCACAAUAUUGCCAUGCAGAAUGGGAAACUGGAUGGACACAGCUUGGAUGGUGGCUCACAGCAAGCCCCCUUCACUCCUCCCAACACCCCGGAUCCACGAAGUCCCCCGAAUCCAGACAACAUUGCACCAGGGUAUUCCGGACCACUGAAGGAAAUUCCUCCUGAAAGAUUCAACACCACAGCUAUCCCUAAGUACUACCAGUCGCCCUGGGAACAAGCCAUCAGCAAUGAUCCAGAGCUUUUAGAGGCUUUAUACCCUAAACUUCUCCAGCCCGAGGGAAAGGCGGAACUGCCUGAUUACAGGAGCUUUAACAGAGUCGCCACCCCAUUUGGAGGUUUUGAAAAAGCAUCAAAGAUGGUUAAAUUCAAGGUUCCAGAUUUUGAGUUACUUCUUACAACAGAUCCCAGGUUUAUGGCCUUUGCCAAUCCACUUUCCGGCAGACGGUCCUUUAAUAGGACUCCAAAAGGAUGGACAUCUGAGAAUAUUCCUAUAGUGGUAACUUCAGAAUCCACAGAGGAUACCGCUGUACCAGAAUCUGAUGACCUAUGAAAAGAAAAUUGUAUGUGCCACAAAAACCUCUGACUCUAAAUGUUGCUGUUCAGUAUUCUACUCCCUAGCAAAGUCACUUAACUCUCCUCAUCAGUAGUAAUAAUUUCAUAGCAGUUCAGCAGUUUUUUUCUUUUGUGGCAUUUAAUUUUAAUCUCAGAUGAAAUAGGA